AUGUUGCACCAAUAUACUCUCAAUAUUUCUGUACUACUCUUUACAUUUUUUCUCAGCACAUUGAUUAAUGUAUCUUCAGGAUCAACAUACAAAUGCAAUGUUGGAUUGACAGGAGUUUUUCCUGACCCUUCAGGUGGAGUUGCUUGCUCAUCGGAUGAUGGCCAGCAACACGAGUGCAAGUACAACAGCUGUUUUAAUAACGGACAUAAGUGGAUUCCAAUGAAAACUUGUCGAGUGUAUGGCUCAGCCCCCAAUGACCCUAACAUAAGCGCGCAACAAUGCGCAGACUACGUUUGGGUGAAUUCUAACACAUUCACUUGUGUCAACCCCGGAGGUAAACAUUAUAGCUGCUACGGCCUUACCCCAGCUACCACUCCAUACAUGACGUGUAGUAAUUGCCAAUAA